AUGUUCCGCAACCUGAACGACGACGAACCUCAGCAGACGCCAGCUCCACCAACACAUCCGAAUCCUUCGAGUGCGCAUCGCCAAAUCACUCAUCAUGGCGGGCCACAACAAUUCCCCUCCGCAGCCCUCCAUAUGGACCCGUCGCUGGUCAAAUACGCCAACAUGUAUGUCAACCGACACAAGUACUUCCGAUGGACAGGGCGGACCGCCUGGAUAACCUUCGCCUACGUCGCUGUCGUUCCGAGCAUCGUUGGCUAUCUCGCAUAUACGACCGAUGGCAAAUACGACCUCCGCGGAAAAAGGAGGGGGGAUCUGAUCAAGGAGUUUUAGACGUGUUGAGGAAUGAGGAGCGGCAUUCACCAUCGGUACUGAGGCCGGAUAUGGGAGAGCCAUCACUUGUACAUACUAAACUACAAUGCCGAAGCGUUACAUCAACCCCACUUUCAAUUUUGUAGAGAUAAAGUCUCCUUAGACCCCAACUUCUUCCUUGAUGACGAUUUCGCGGCUCAACGCCUGUUUUGAGAGCCUGCCUUAUCAGGCCUAUUACGGUGUUUAUGAAGCCUCAUGCGACGACUUGGAUGUACGGUCGGAAACGGGUCUUGAUCGAAAUAUAUCAAUCAAUACCAACCGACGCCAUUUCCAGCGAUU